AUGGCGUCCAGAGAGACCAGCAUCCAGAUGGCAGGGGUACUGGAUGGCGAGGCAGGGAGUGCUCUGUCCCCGGAGCCGCUUCUCCUUUGUGCCCCGUCGCAGGCCGCAGUCGCUAGUGAGCAUGGUCAUGCCGCUUCUGUGAUGGAGGCCGCCGUUGUCGUCGGCGGCACCAGCAAGCUGACCAUCAAGGACGCGGCCGCGGCUGCUCACGCUGAGACGCCGUGCUUGCCAGGCUCGCCGUCGCGGCUCUACCUCUCGCAGGCGCAGCUUGACAUGCCGCCGUCCAUCAGCUCGUGCAACCCCGAAAUGGGCACGGCUCCGGUGCUGCCGAGCGAGUCAAAGCUCGAAGAUCACAUCCCCGGCGAGCCGCGGCUGAUGAAGAAGACCCAGCACCACUCAUGGCGAUCCCUGGUAGGCGGCGGCGAGGCACCAGCGCUGCUGCCGAGCGACAGCACGCGGGAGCUGGACCGCCGGUUUGACAACUUCAAGACCUUCUCGGGCCGCCUCCGCGGUCUGCAGCAUGGGCUGCCGCCAGUUGACAUCGAGCAUGGUGCCGCGCCCAAUAUCUCGAGCGAGGACACCGACGAGGAAAACAUAGUCCCGUCAGCCGAUCGCUACUUCGCCGCCCUCGAAGGCCCCGAGCUCGAGACCCUUCGGCCGACGGAGGUGGCAGUGCUGCCUGAGGAUGAGCAAUGGCCGUUCCUUCUCCGGUUCCCGAUUAGCGCGUUCGGGAUGUGCCUUGGCAUGAGCACCCAAGCGAUGCUGUGGAAGACGCUCGAGUCGGAGCCCUCAACGGCAUUCCUCCACGCGCACCCCGCCGUCAACCACGUCCUCUGGUGGGCAUCUGUCGUCCUCACCGCCAUCGUCUCCAUCACCUACCUCCUCAAGGUUAUCUUCUACUUUGAGGCCGUUCGCCGGGAGUUCCACCACCCAGUGCGCGUCAACUUCUUCUUUGCGCCUUGGAUCGCUUGCCUCUUUCUCGUCAAGGGCGUGCCGCAGCCGGUGUGGGAGAUCCACCACAUCGUGUGGUACCUCCUCAUGGCUCCCAUCCUCUGCCUCGACAUUAAGAUCUAUGGCCAAUGGAUGUCGAGCGGCGAGCGCCGACUCUCCAAGGUAGCUAACCCGUCCAACCACCUCGCUAUUGUCGGCAACUUUGUCGGCGCGCUUCUCGGCUCUAGGAUGGGCCUCCGAGAGCUGCCCAUUUUCUUCUUCGCUAUCGGGCUAGCGCACUAUGUUGUACUCUUCGUCACCCUUUACCAAAGGCUCCCCACCAACAUGCAACUACCCAAAGAGCUCCACCCGGUAUUUUUCUUCUUCAUCGCCGCGCCUAGCGUCGCCUCGAUGGCCUGGGCAAGCAUCUCCGGCGAGUUCAACGAUGGCGCCAAGCUCCUUUAUUUCAUCUCGCUCUUCCUCUACAUGUCGCUGGUGGUGCGCAUCAACCUCUUUCGAGGGUUCAGGUUUUCAUUGUCGUGGUGGGCCUACACGUUCCCGAUCACGAGCGUAGCCGUGGCAACAGUGUUGUAUGCGUCGGAGGUGGACAAUGUGCUAAUGCGGGCACUAGCGGUCGGGUUGUCAGGGAUUGCCGCUGUCAUGAUCACCGGUGUGUUGGCCACUACCGUGUACCAUGCUUUCGUGCGCAAAGACCUCUUCCCUAACGACGUCUCCAUCGCCAUUACACAGCGCAGGCCCAAAAUCAGCAAGAUCCUCGCGCAUCUCCGCUCUUCUAGCUCGGACGUCAAGGAGCUCGACCUCUCCAUCACUAGUUCAAAUUCCAAUUCCAAGAACGACACGUACUCCGGUGACUCAUGUUCCAACUCCAGAACAAGCAGCAACAGCAACGAGUCUCCGGUGUCACACGGGCAUGUAUGAGCAGAGUGUUAGAUGUCCCGUGCACAAUAGGGUGCACGCAUGCUGCAUGCAUAUCUACCACAUAGAUAUUUCUUUUUUUUUUCAUUCUUUUUCAUCUUUAUAUAUUUGCUGCACAUAGUGGUAGAUUAGCAGCAAUGUCCUUGAGUAAUUUGCAUUGCCAUGAUGGUGAUAUUAUUACAGAUUUGCAGAUAAAUCUCACUUACUUUUAUAAGUAUGUAUUUUCAUUCACCGGAGGUGCAUAUCUAUAUAUCAUCAGUGUGCAAUGUAUGGCCGAAUGUGUAAGAUGCAAGAUACCCAAGCCUCUAUAUCCGGGAGCGUUUUCGCUCCAAUAUUCACCCACUUGGAUGAAAAUGACCUAUGGGUAAGUUUGAACAUGGCACGUGUAUUUUUUUGGUAAAUGGCGGGGUACAAAUGCGUUGUGUAUCGAGGGUUUCGUUUCAAUUUUUUUGAACGUGUGUGAUGGUUGUGUUAGUUGGUUUAGCAAUUUUUGUUGCCUGUGCGGCAGUUUGUACGGUGGCGUGGUCGUUCUGCUUCCAUGCUUCCUUUCAUUUCUAUUCGGCCGCUGUUGGUUCAGUCGUCGCGUCGCUUUCUGCUGCUCAUUGGUUCUCGUGCGUGCUGCUUUUGUCUGGUUGCUGUCGGUUUGGUACGCGGUGCCGUCGUUCUUUCUGGCGGAGCGGUGCCGCCUACAUAUCUCUGUCGCCCCCUCUAGAUGGCGCUGGCGCUGUCGCUGUUGACGUUGCUUCGGGAGCCCGCCAUCUCUUCUGAUCGGUGCCGCAUCUCUCGCGCCUUCCGGAGAUCUUUCCGUUUACUUCUGUGCUUCCUUCCCUCUGUUGCGAGGUGUCGUCGGACUCUGUUGUUGGUGGUUCUUGUGGGUAGCGGAGGGAGGAGAUUCGAUUGGGAAAGCGGGCCUUUUGAUCCCACUCUCAAUCGACGACGAACAGCAGAGAAGCGAACCGGCGAAGCGAGCAACACAUCGGGGGGAGGUGGUCACCUGCAAGUCAACCGCGCGACGGGUGAGCAGAGCGGCUCGCACCCGCGCCAGGGGAAAAGGAGGGGGCCGGAGCCGUUGGCUGUGCGCGGCAGCGGAAGACGGGGGGACGAGGCGCUCUGCUACAUCCGCGGCCAGAGGUGAGUUCCUUGUGCUUUUUGGCCUCCAUGAUUGUUUUGCCUACGCGUCCUGGCCAUC